CAGUUGGCUCUUCAGCAAUUGACCUCAGUUGCUACCAACAGUUCUGCACCUCCUUAUGCUUGGUUAAAUCAGGCAUUUCUGAAAAGCGCAAUGUUUAGCCCUAGAGGAACUUUACCUCAGAGGCCGAGAGGACCUAAUCCGUCUGGCACAAAGCCUCCAGGAUCCUUUAGGGGAGGAGGUGCAGCAGGUCUUCAGAGAAAGCCUGCACCUGGAACACCGCAAGGAACGGCACAGAGAUUUUCGGGACAGGAAACGUUUCAGUGGACGGGUUCACAGAGGAUAAACGUUCGGGUAACUCUGCACAGGACUGAUCCGAGGCGGGUGAAGGAGAAGACGAACCUACACCAGGAGCAGAAGGGAGAGCCUCGCACAAGUUGCUGGGAUAGUAGCCCGUGCUCAGCUGGGACAACUGGGCAAAAGCCACCGGCCUCAGCGCGGAUCACAGAGCAGAAUUCAAAUGCCCAGAACCGCUACACACCAGAAAGCGCUUCCAGUAUUUUGGCGAGUUUCGGGCUGUCUAAUGAAGAUCUGGAGGAACUCAGUCGCUAUCCAGAUGAUCAGUUAACGCCUGAAAAUAUGCCACUAAUCUUAAGAGAAAUACGGAUUCGCAAGAUGGGUCAUUCUUUAUCUGGUUUACAUUCUCAGAGCCGAGCAGAAGAAACGAUUGGUGGUACGAGCGGUACAGCAGUCAAGAGUAAAGUGAUUGAUUAUGGGCAUGCAAGCAAAUACGGUUACACUGAAGAUCCUCUUGAAGUGCGUGCUUAUAAUCCUGAAGUGCUGACUGAAGAUCCUCUCGAAGCACGUGUCUAUAAUCCUGAAGCUUCGAGCGGAGAGAACAGGGAAGACUUCCAACGAGAGCAGAAUAUGUCAAUGGGAGUCCCACCAUCUAGCGUGACGUGUAAUCCAGUGUUUCCAGUUGAAGAUUUAAUAAAACCAACGGGGUUCCAGAAUGAUUCCUCAAAUAACCGAUCAUUUUUUCCAGCGGAGACUCCGGGAAAGGUGUCCAGUUUGUGUGCAACACCCGCUGGACUCCCCGUGGUGAAAUCUGUAUCCCAGCCUGCCAUACCGCCUGUCAUGCCACCUAUGAUGCCACCUAUGAUGCCGCCCUUGGCACAGCCCAUGAUGCCACCUGUCAUGCCGCCUCUUGUCCAGCAGUCGAUGACCCAGCACGUAAUGCCGCCGAUGACCCAGCCACCCUUUUCAGCUGAACUUCUUGCAGCUGUAAGCCAGCAUGAAAGAAUUCCGCAUGAAUCUGGAAAAAGCCAGUCUAAUGCCCAGAGCGGCUCAGGAGCAGGACAGAAGCCCUUCCAGACACAGGCUGAGGGGCCAAUUAAAUCUCCUUUUGGUAUUGUGAAAGCGUCGUGGCUUCCAGUGUUUCUGCAGUCUGACGCCCAGAAGAUAAAAAGACUGCCCACUCCGUCAAUGAUGAAUGACUACUAUGCUACUUCUCCGAGAAUAUUUCCACAUAUGUGUUCUCUGUGUAACAUUGAAUGCACUCAUAUGAAGGACUGGAUUCUGCAUCAGAACACUCCUUCUCACAUUGAAAGCUGCCGCCAGUUACGUCAACAAUACCCCGAUUGGAACCCUGAGUCUCAUUCUUCAAAGAGAAAUGCUGGUGACAGAAAAGAAAACCAGACCCCGAAGCGUCGUUCCAACUCUGCCAGUCCCAGUCCUAGACGUUCGAGGGUUGCAGGCUCUGGCUAUGUUCUUCGCCGAUCACGAUCGAGAUCCAGGAGCCCUGGCCGCUUCAGGCCAACAAGGCCAAGAAGUCGAAGCCCGCGGCAGAUGCGACGACGUAGCCCCAGACACAGGUCAAGGUCACCGCAGCGAUCGAGAAAUCCUCUGAGAACUAGCCCGCGACCUCAGAGAUCUUCCAGUAAUGACUGGUCAUCAAGGAGGUCAACCCGAUCUCAAGACAGAAAGGCAGCUCUGGAGGCAGUAAUGAGAAGUUUGGGACCUGGCUUUGUAGCAGAGUUCAAUAAACAUAAGUCACUUCAAGCAGCUGGGCAAGGAUCUUUGGGAUCGGGAAAAUCACCACCCUCUCAUGGACCCUUAGGGAAGGUGCCUGGAAAUACAAAGAAGCCACUGAAAACAAGUGUUUCUCCAAAGACUUCGAAGAAAGAUGUGCCUUCUUUGCCUGGGUCAAGUUCUUCAUCUCCUGAAACUGAUGAUUUACCCCAAGGCAAAGAAAUGGAAGAGGAUGAGGAAGGCUUAGCUGCAGGAAGCAGUGGACCUCGUCCUACUCCUUAUAAUAGGCUGUUGAGAGAGGAAUUGCUGAGUUGUGGGACAGUCCUUCAAAUAUCUGAUUUACCAGAUGAUGGCUUUUCAGACCAAGAUAUUAAAAAAAUUGUUCAGCCCUUUGGCAAAGUUAGUGAUCUCCUUGUACUUCGCUCUAGAAACGAGGCCUUCUUGGAAAUGAACUACAAAGAAGCCGUGAUAGCAGCUGUGAAAUACAGUGAAACUGUGCCAGUGCUGGUAAAUGGGAAACGGGUGAAAAUAAGCGUAGCAGAAAAGCCAAAAGCAUCUCCUGGCCAGGCCAAAAUGAAUAUAAAAAAACGGGCUCAGAAUAUUAAAAAAGUUGCACCAAGUACAAAAAAAGAUCAGAACACCACCACUAAGACAGCUAAAUCCAUUACAGCAAAAUCUAUAGAUGAAGACCUUCAGAUCUCAACAGAAGCCCAAAUGGAAGUUGGGGAAACUGAGCUGUCAGACUCAAAGAACACUGCAGAAGGGGACAGAGUUACGGAGCCUGUGAAGACAGUAGAGACUCAGUCCAGAGGAGUGACUAAUCCUGCACCUGCACUAGAGAAACUUGCGCAGAUGCCUCAGGUGGCGGCACUGGACUUGGAUGAGUUUAAUGAAGCUUUAAUUGAUCAAGAAGCUACGAUAGCGACUACCAAGAGUGAAGAAUCAAUGGAAGCAGCUGGCAAGGAACUUGAUGAUAUAUGUGUGGUUCUUAUUUCAAACUUGCCUGAGAAAGGAUAUUCUGUUGAGGAAGUUUCCAACCUAGCAAAGCCAUUUGGAGGACUGAGGGAUGUGCUAAUUUUAUCAUCUCAUAAAAAGGCAUAUCUCGAAAUAAAUAGAAAAUCUGCAGAUUCCAUGGUUAAAUUUUACACCUGCUUUCCAAUGUCACUGGAUGGAAAUCAGCUCUGCAUCAACAUGGUGCAUCAGUAUAAGACUAUAAAAGAUGAAGAAGCAAUAUUUACUGCUAUAAUUAAAGAUUCUGACCCUAAGGUAAAUACUGAAACUAUACAUGAUCAGUUUGUGCAUCUUGGGAACUUGCCAGAUGAUGGGUACAGAGAACUCGAAGUAGUUUGUGUGGGACUUCGAUUUGGAAAAGUAGAUCAUUAUGUUGUACUGAAGAAUAAAAACAAGGCGAUUCUGCAGCUGGAUAGUCCCAAGUCAGCCAGAUCAAUGUACAGCUUCCUGAAGCAAUAUCCGUAUAACAUGGGUGAGCAUACAUUGACCUGUACAUUGUCACCCAAUGGAGAGUCCGCUGAGGCUGAAGUUGUGAAAAAAGACGUGAAGAAAGAGGAACCAAGCAAAGGAAGCUCUGGCUUGAAAAAAUAUCCAGAGGGAUCAGGAGUGGUGCAAACAGCAGCUGCUAAUCCUCCAGUAGAGCCUAGUGUGGCAAAGAAAGGACCCAUUUCCAUCUCUAAUGUCAAAGACGAGAUGUCAGCAGUACAGAUAGAGCCCUCUGAGUCCCAUCUUGAAAGAGCAGUAAGGGAGUCUGCUCCAAGACUGGCAGAAACGUCUGUGGAGAAAGUGGGCGCUGGAGUUGAAGCUGCUGUGGCAUCUAUCAAAUCCGUUGCCACCGAAUCAUCUGAAGCGAAGUCAGAAGAGAUGCUGCUGCCGCCUUCCAGUGUGGAGAAAGAAGAGGCAGUUAAAGAUAAUGCUGAACCAGAGUUGUUUGAAUCUGCUGUUGUAUCUGCACCAGAGAAGGAAAUUAAAGAGAAAGAUGAAGAGUUGUCUGCUCCUGCCAUUGAACGACCAGAAGAAUUGUCUGAUGUGGGCAAGGCUGAAGAUGUGCCAUCAGACUGUGCUGCGAAGCUGGCAGCAGGGGAUAUGACAGGGGCCGUCCCUGAAGCGGUGCGCCCUGGUUCUGAUGCAGCUUCAGUGGAGAUGGUGUCAUCUGCUGUCACACAGACAAACAACAAGUUGGAUGCUCCUGAAAAAAAUACUGUUUCUGAUGCUGUGAAAACCGAACAUAAAAUGUCUGUAACUCCGAUAACAGAGAAGAAACCUGUACUUAAAACCGGGGCGGUCACGGAGAAGAAACUGGAUAUAGCUGGAGCAGACACAGAGGUGAGACCACAAGAGUCUGCGCCCAAAGUUGGAAGAGCUGCGGAGGAGAACCCUGAAAAGCUUUUGGUCAAGACUGGGGCAGAGACAGAGAAGAAACUUGAAAAAUCUGUGACCAAGGUUGGGACCGCUAUGGAAAAUGCUGCAAAUGCUGUCAAUGAGAACAAUGAGGGAAGUUUAAUCAAAGCCCAUCAAAAUAAAGGAACAGGACCAGCAAAAACUGAUGAAACCUGCAAAGCAGUUAUGUUAAACUCCUCUCUAUCUGUCAAGGAAUCUUCCUCUGUUGGUAAAACGAUUUUAAAGGCAGUGGUGUCUCUUCCGGAUAUAUCCAAGUCAAGGGUUCCAGUACGGAGAAAUGAGCCUUCCCUGUGUAAAGGAGGGGAGCAGAAAGCUCCCUCGAAGCCUGAGACCCGAGGCCAAGCAGCGGUGGAGAAGAAAAUUGCAUCGAAAGAGGAGGGUCAUCCACGACCUGGUGGCAGCCGAUCAAGCCUGGGAGAUGGCAGCGGCAAAUGUAAAGUGAGCAGAAGUUCUGUUGUGGAUGGAAAGGGAGGCAAUGGGAGGAAUUCAUCUCAGCAAGAGAAGGACUCACGAGUGGAAUCUAGGGCUAGUUCAAAACAGUCUCAAGAGGGAGAGAGUAGAUCAUCCAGCAUGAAGAAAGACAACAGCAGCAAUAAGGCUUCUGUUGGCGGCAAUACUAAAACUUCAAAAAGUGGCACUAGCAGCAGUGCAAAAGAAAAGGAGGAAGAAGAGCUCUUUCCAUUUAACCUGGAUGAAUUUGUUACUGUGGAUGAGGUCGUAGAGGAAAUUGAGUCUCCCGUUAAAACACGGCGAAAUCCACCGAGGGGAAAGAGAAAAGAUGGUGCUAAAACCAACUCCUCUUCUGAGCCUAGUUCUAAGAGAAGGAAAGGGAAAAGCUCCAUAGCACGCAUUGCUGAAAGCGAACUCUCUUUUGUCACUUUGGAUGAAAUCGGCGAGGAGGAGGAUGUGACUGCACAGCUAAUGGGAGUUGCUAAUUUAGAAGCGCUCAGUGACCCGCAGGGCCUGGUUGUAGUGGAUGAGGUGAUGGAAGAGGAAGAACUUAUGUCAGAAGCAGUGAAGGAUCCACAGUCGCUUGUUACUUUGGAUGAGAUAUCUGAACAGGAGGACCUUAGUUCUCAUAAAGACAUCCCUAGGUCAGUUUUUGAGGAGCAGGAUUUGAAAGCCGAACCCUUGGUAACCGUAGAUGAAAUCGGUGAAGUGGAAGAGCUGCCUCUGAACGAGCCUACAGACUUGAAUAUUGAGGAUGUGCUGAAACAGAAGGAGGAUGAUAAAGUGACUGCUGAGGAUACGGGAGAUUGUGCUUCCUCCCAGGUGCCUGAUGAUCCCAGUGCUUUAGUGACAGUGGAUGAAAUACAAGAGGAGAAUGAAGAUAACCCUCUAGUGACUUUGGAUGAAGUUAACGAAGAUGAAGAUGACUUUCUGGCUGAUUUCGAUCGUCUAAAAGAAGAACUAAACUUUGUUACAGUAGAUGAAGUUGGAGAGGAGGAUGAGGAAGAAGAAAAUACUUCCCCAGGGAAAAAUCUGAACGAGGAAGAAGAUGAAGAUAUUGUUGCUGUUGCAGGACCAGAAGAAGAAGAAAUUGCUGCCGUUGCAGGACCAGAAGAGGAGGAUAUUGUUGCUGUUGCAGGACCAGAAGAAAUGGAAAUUCUAGGAGAGAUGAGUCAAGAAGAAGAAAUUAUUGCAAUCUCAAAGUCAAAAGAUCAGCUGGGAUCAGGAGAUAAAGAACCAGAGUCUAAGCGGAAGAAAAUGGCUUCUUCAGAUGCAUCAAAGACACAGAGUACUCCAAAAGAUUUGGAUUACCUGGUUCCAAAGGCAGGCUUCUUCUGUCAGAUCUGCUCGCUGUUCUACGCAGAUGAAACGUCUGUGAAAAAUCACUGCAAGACACCGCUUCAUCAGCAAAAUAUGGAGGCUGCAUAUGCUCCGUACCGCCCCGAAGCAGUGACCCUCAUGGUGCAGGCUGCAGGGAUCCUGUGGACGAAGCAGUGA